AAAUCGUGCGAAUAGAACCGAAGCUGCACUCGGGUGAUGUUACAUUCAUGUGCUCCCUCUCUCCCUCCCCCUCUCUCCCUCUGCAUGCUCUCAUCUCGUCCUGCAGGAAUACACUGUCUUCUUCCUUCGCCGCUGCAGCCUGACUCUGACACAACCGGAAUGUCUGCAAACUGAGAGCCGCACUCUGACACACAACCCCGCCGCACAGACCCACAACUUGUGAUUUCUUUCUCUCUAUCGAAGAAGGAGAAGAAGGAGGAGGUUGCUUGAUAUCGUUGCUGCGACGAAGCUUGAGGACUUGGAGGAGGAUCCGAACAAGGUCUGUCCCUGAUAACGUGACCAGUGAAGGAAGAGAACACAGAACUGCUUCAUCAUGAAUUUUGUAAUGAAAGCUGCGCUGGGAGGAGGUCCUCCCGAUGUGGGCAAGAUGCUGGGCGGGGAGGAGAAGGAGGAGGACCCCGAUGCAGCGAAGAAGGAGGAGGAGAGGCAGGAGGCCCUGAGGCAGCAGGAGGAGGAGAGGAAGGAAAAGUAUGCCAAGAUGGAGGCUGAGAGGGAAAGCAUGAGACAAGGCAUCAGGGACAAGUACGGCUUAAAAAAGCGCGAGGAGGCCGAGGCUGAGGCGGCCGCCGCGGCAGAGCAGCCCGCAGAGGGCAGCUUGACUCGACCCAAGAAGGCCGUGCCAGCCGGCUGUGGCGACGAGGAAGAGGAGGAGAGCAUCAUGGACCAAGUAAUGAAAUACCUGCCAGGCCCACUGCAAGACAUGCUGAAGAAGUAGGCUAGCCCACUAUAGCUUCGUUCAAAGGCUACAUUCACAGAGCUGAGUCAAAUCAGAGGUUUGUUUUUCAUCCUGAAGAUGGAUCUGAAAUUCGCUUCAUAAGCUAAAAAAUGUUCAAUCAGAUGUUUUUUUUUUAAUAUUCUGUUUUUUGUGUUUGGACAAAUCAAAGAUUCAUGCAGGGGGAAGGAUUCGGGUGCAAACCAGCGGUGUGAAUUGUAGCCAUUUGACUUAGCCAGGUGAACGUUAGCUUGACUGAUGAUGCUGACAGCACGCAGAGGGGCUGAAAACACAACGUUAGAUGGUUUAUCCUUCUAGUCUGAGCAGUUUAAAAACUCCUUUUCUCUCCUCUGCAGAAGCUGCCGAGCUUUCUCGCAGCUCUGAAAAAUAAUCUCCCUCUUCACUCUGUUUGUACAUAAAUAAAUGAUUACAUUACAAGCCUGGAGGUGGGCAAACAAUCAUAAGAUAUUAUGAGAAACUAUUAUACUAACUGUGUGUCUGUCUCUAAAAUAACAAAAAAAGAUAUAUGUGAUAACUUGAUAAGCCAUAUUUUAAAAAUGAAAAUUAAAGACUACUGUUGUGUGCUCCUAAAGCUACUGUUUUGUGUUCAACCAUGUCCGAUAUUUAUGUCAAACUUUUUGCACACAGUGUUACACUUUUCUCUGUCAGACCUGUUGUCUGUCUGCCCGACACACACGCCCCGAACGCCCGGACAUCAAAGUGUAAUGGCACCCAUGUAGUGUAGUGUUUAACAAAUGUUUCUAUUCCCCUGUUCAGUGCGUCUCCUUCUUAUGUCUUGCAUGCCAUUUGUCUGGACAAGUUUGUUGUGUGGAUCUGUGCAAACUCACCUUCCCCUUUAUCCUCUUCUUUAUCAUGCAAAAAAUAUUAAGGCAAUAACUCCUAAGUUUGAGUGUGAAUUCACUUCCAUGUCGAUAUAACCGUUAAUAAUAUCCGUAGAAGGAAAUAAAAAAAGAUGUGUAUGCAUUCAGGACUUUUGAUUUACAGUUUUUUUUUACCUUAUUGUUUGAUGAAGAAUGACCGUGUAGCCGUUCAUACAACAGCCAAAACCUAAGCUUCAGCCAUAAAACCAGAACUUACAGUAUAUACUCUAACUAUCAGGAUCUAUUACUCGAGAGAGAGUACUGAAAGAAUCUGUUUGAAACAAUAAGACAUCUUUAGCUAUGAUUUGUAAGAUACGAAAGGAGAAGUGUUUGUGUCAUGUAGAGAGAAAAGACCACCUCCCUCGAUACUCUCACGGUGACGUGAUCGUGCAGUUUAGCUGCCGCUGUAGUUACACAGGAUGUGUUUUCCUAGAAGACAAACAGUGACGCUUGAUUUAGUCGUUCCACUAAAUGUUGGUUUAAAUGUGAGAGUGAGCUGCUGAGGGUGACCUGAUAUGCCAUGAGCAAUAAAGGAUUAUCAUGUAUGUUUCUGCCUGAACUUCAAUAAAAACUUAAAACCUUGUUCACAGACAUUAAAAA